AUGACCAAUGCAUCGCUUCGGACACCGUUCAACAUCUAUGUCAUAGCUUUGAUGUGCAGCAAUAUAGCGUUUGUGUGUGUUAACUGUACACUCAACGCCGUGGAGGACGCAUACGGGCCACUCUGGGUGGGCAACUUCCUGUGCACCCUCCGCAUGUAUUCCUUGCAUGUCUUCGUCUCUAUGAUCUACCACUAUCAUUUACUGAUCACACUGAACCGCGCCUGGGCGCUAUUCGGACCCGUCACCUACCGUGCUCGGCAUAAUCGCGCUAUCGCCGGCACAUUGUGCGGCGCUGUGGUCAUCUACGUGCACAUUGUUAUGCUCCCGCAGUUGAUACUUGAUCACCUUUAUUAUCGUCGACCGCUGGAAAAAGGCUGCCGGCUGAAUACCGAUCGCCAAUUUAUCCUGACAGAAUUUACGUCCAUUUGGAUGUUUGACGUACCUUGUGUGGCUAUUCCUCUCGCCUAUCCGUUGUUACUAUGGAAAAUGCUAUCCCGACGACGUGGAUCUAAGCAGGUAAACGUAAACAAUACACCUGCACAAUGCGAACCGGAAGAGAAGCAGGAAGCUUUGCACCGUCCCUUCAAACUGCUAACGUUGUACACGUGUGGCACGAUGGUGUGCUGGCUGCCGAGUAUGUGCUACUAUAUUAUUAUCAGCAAAUAUCCCAGUGUCCAGUGGCCACCCGGUGUGCACCAAGCCACGAACAAUCUGCAGAACAUGCAAUCGAUCCUGGAUCCGCUUUUUUUCUUUCUCCUCGUCGGCGACGUGCGGCAUUAUGCACUUCGUCUGUGCAAAGGAAUAACUAUGCGAACGAGCAAGAAAUAA